AGUCAAUUAAAUGCCAUUGAUUAGUUAUUUCUGUUUUUUGUCUCUUUUAUUCACAGUCAUAAAUUCGCAUUCUCUGACUGUCAAAGGACGUCUACUUUGUGCAGAAUAUCCAGCAUCAGCAGUUACAGUCAAGCUUUUGAAGAACUCUGAAAAAUCAAUAGUCGACGAAACACAUGCAGACAAACAAGGAAACUUUCAGCUGAGUGCAGAAACAACUGAAAAAGACUACGUACCAAUUAUUGCAGUUUAUCAUGAUUGUGAUGAUGGUGUAAAACCUGGACAACGGAAACUGAAAUUUCAGAUUCCAAAGUACUAUGUCGGAUCUGGAAACACUUUUGAUUUGGGAGAAUUCAAUUUAGAAACUAGAGUGAAGCACAAUGAAGAACGACAAAAACAUGUGGAUAAGUUGAGAAUUCGUCGAGAACAUUGGAAGAAGAUCCGGAAUUUGAGAAACGUCGAAAUUGAAAAAAUAACUACAAAAAAUGUUUUUAAAGGAAGAGAUGAAGAACCAGACGAUAGAAAUGAUCCAUGGUAGUUUGAAUUCAAUAAAUAUUUUAAUAAACAUGUGUAUAUUGUUCUUAUUUAAUUUUAAAGUGUUCCGCUGAACAUAAAACAUUUGUAUCUUACGGUUUCAAUUUGGAAACAAGUUAUAAACAUAAAUG